UAAGCUAAAUGACGUCACCCUUAACUCCCGGUUAAAACUCUUGCGGUCCGGUGUCCUCCGGUAAUUAACUGACUAAAGGUCUCUCGGGGACAGAUAAACCGAACUCCUCGGUGUCCACACGAACACAGCCGACGUUAACCGAGCCGUUCCGACCAGGGUUAACGGCACUUUUAGGCUCGAGGAACUGUUUUAACCGGAGCUGCGCAGAUAGCGGGGAGGACCGGAGGACCGGAGGACCGGAGGACCGGAGGACCGGCUGCCCGCUGCUGUAACGCCGAGUUUACGUUCACUUUCCCGGUACAGCAGCAGCUCUGACCAGGUUGUCUCUGUGGAUGUUACCAGAGAAAUGAGCAUCACGGAGUUUCAGUGGAGCCUCUCCCGGUGCUCGGACACGGUGAGGUAACGGGACGGGACGGGGUCAGACAGCGACCUGUGGCUGGUUGCCGGUGACGCAGGGAGGAUGAGCGGGGCUGCUGUGCUGCUGCUGCCGCUGCUGCUGCUCAGCGGCCGGGACGUGUUUACCUCUGCCCGGUCCCUGAACGCACCACAGGACGGAGCAGUCCAGCCCGUGGACGGACAGGCGGACGGUACCGACGCCCUCACCGUGACAGGUGUGGACAGGCGGUGGCGCCCCCUGCUGGGGAAAACUCGACCCUUCAUCCUGGUGGACGGACAGAGGAGGAGCCUCGCUGAAGCUCUACAGGACGGUCACCCCGACAGGCUGCAUUGUGGGCUGGAGGUGAGGGGCCGACUCUUCCUGCUGGACCUGGAGAAGAACCAUGACCUGCUGCCCAAACCGCCAAACGUCUUCUACUACCUGCCCAACGGCACCGGUGUCUCUGUGAGGGCCCACCCUGUGACUCAUUGUUAUUACCACGGCAACGUUCGAGGAUUCCAGUCCAGAGUCGCUCUGAGCACCUGCUCCGGACUCCGCGGCAUCAUCGCCAUCAACUCCACCCUGAGCUUUGAGCUGAAGCCUCAGGAGGACCACCCUCACCACCAGGGGGCGGAGGAGGGCCGAGCAGACGGGAGUGGAGGGAGCGGAGGAGGAGGUGUAGAUGAUGAAGAUGGAGUCCACCUGCUGUUCUCCACCAGCCCUCUAGAGGGCGACAGUGCUGGAGGCUGCGGAGUCUCUCACACCGCUGUUCCCCCGAUCCACAGCUCCACACACACACACCGGUGGAAGAGAGACAUCCUGUCAGAGACCAAAUACAUCGAGCUGGUGCUGGUGGCCGACCACCAAGAGUUCCUGAACUACCAGAAGAACAAUAAGACCAUCAUCUACCGCAUGCUGGACGUGGCCAACCAGGUUGACUGGUUCUACCGUCCUCUGAACGUGCGCGUGGCGCUGACCGGUCUGGAGAUCUGGAGCGACCGCGAUAAGAUCCGGGUGGAGAAGAAUCCCACUGACACCCUCACCAACUUCCUGGAUUGGAGAGCCAGAGAGCUGCUGCCCCGCCUUCGCCAUGACAACGCCCAGCUCGUCAUGGGCGGAUCUUUUGACGGCACCACGGUGGGGAUGGCGUCUCAGUCGUCCAUGUGCUCCAGAGACCGCUCGGGUGGAGUCAACGUGGAUCACCUGGUUAGCGUGCUGGGCGUGGCCUCCACCGUUGCUCACGAGCUCGGUCACAACCUGGGGAUGAGUCACGACACCGCAGAGCGUCGCUGCGCCUGUCAGAACGAACCGCGGCUCGGAGGAUGUAUCAUGGAACCCUCGACCGGGUUCAUGCCGGGGCAGCAGUUCAGCAGCUGCAGCGCUGCAGAUCUGUCCACCAGCCUGCUGCACGGCGGCGGGAUGUGUCUGUUCAACGUGCCGCAGCCUGACCGCCUGCUGGGAGGACCGCGCUGUGGAAACCUGUACGUGGAGAAAGGAGAGGAGUGUGACUGCGGCCUGCUGGAGGAGUGUGAGGAUCCCUGCUGUAACGCCUCCACCUGUAAGCUGGUUCCUGGAGCUCAGUGCUCAUCUGACGGCAUCUGCUGCCAGGACUGCAAGCUUCGGUCUGCGGGUUCGGUGUGUCGUGACCCGCUUGGUGAGUGUGACCUUCCCGAGUUCUGCACAGGCUCCUCCCCCUACUGCCCCCCCAACGUCUUCCUGCAGAACGGGGAGCCCUGCGAGGACAGCGCCUCCUACUGCUACGGAGGAGUCUGUGCCAGCAUGAACACUCAGUGCCAGAUGCUGUGGGGACCCAAUGCGACCAGCGCUCCGCCUGUCUGUUUCUCUUCAGUCAACAAACAAGGAAACAAAUUUGGAAACUGUGGUCAGCUAACCAACGGCUCCUACAUCCCCUGUGGGAACACUGAUGUUCAUUGUGGCAGGAUCCAGUGUCAGGGCGGGAGGCAGCGCCCCCUGCUGGGCACCAACGCAGAGAUUCUCACCACUAAGGUCAAAUUUAACUACAGCGACCUGGUCUGCAGAGGAACCUUCUUCCACCUGGGAGACGACGUGUCAGAUCCCGCCACCGUGGCCCAGGGCACCGCCUGCAGCCCCGGCAAGGCCUGUUUGAACCAGAAGUGUCAGGACGUGUCGGUGUUUGGUGUGGAUGAAUGUCGCAGGAAGUGUAAUGGUCACGGGGUGUGUAACAGUAAUAAAAACUGUCACUGUGAGGUGGGCUGGGCUCCUCCUGAAUGCAGGUUCUCAGGUCACGGAGGCAGCGUGGACAGCGGGCCGGCCAGAGCUGCUGGAGAGUCUGAUCCGGUGCGAGUGGCCCUGCUCAUCAUCUUCCUCUUCAUCGUGCCCGUCGUCCUCCUCUUCCUCGCUCUGCGCUUCCCUCGAUUCAGACGGAGUGUUCUCUGUGUCAACAGCCCGUUUCAUAAAGCUCGCCAACACAGCCGGACGCCGGCGAUGGAGCGAGUGGACGGCAGGAACGGGGAGCAGGUCCGACCUCUGAGGUACCACCUGAAGCCACAGACCGACAUCCCACUGACCUCGCCCUGCACAGAGGAACAUGACAGACCUGCUCCUCCCUCUAAGCCACUCCCCCCUGACCCCGCCCUAAAACCCCCGCCGCAGCUGCUGGUGAGUCGACCAGCUCCGCCCGACAAGCCACUCCCCCCUGACCCUGCCACACCUGGACAGGUCCCUGGGCCACCCAAACCUGUGGUUCCCAUUAAGCCCCGCCUUCAUGUGCCGCUGUCCCAGCCCCCCCUCCCACCACAUCCCGGUUACACCAGCACCACCAAACCACAGCGUCUCCGAGCCGUCACACCUGCAGCCGGGAUCAACAGGCGACCUCCUCCUCCUCCUCCUCCUCCUCCUCCUCCUCCUCCGCUUCGACCCGGAGCUCCUCAGAAAGUCGAGACGUCUCCGCUUUAACCUCGACGCACUCGGACACUCUGAACGACCCGAUGAAGAGGACUCUGAUCUACUCUCUCGUCUUCGCUGACCUCAAACUGUAAAUAAAUCUCCUCCUCUAAUCUUCAGUGCCUUGCUCCGCAGCAUGCCGCAGAGGGAAAGCGGACACUCGGGAAUCAAACCCCCGACCUUUAACUGCUGAGGAUGUCACAGUCCAGUGUCCUGGUGUGAUGAAUGAUACAGCGCCCCCUGCAGGGGGAUCAGUGCCUUUCGUUUAAAAAAAACUUUUCAGUCAAACUUUAAAAUAGAAGGACGAACACUGAAAGGAUGUUAUCGUCAUGGAAACAAAACGUCCUGAUGGACUCGACCACCGGGAGUUAAAUAUCGUGGAAUAAUCCUUUUAAGGAGGAGCGUCCUCGGAGUUUGAGUGACUCAUCAGGUCAACCAUGGCGAGAUUAGUGAUGCAUUCUGGGAAAAAUUCUGCGAAUUUAAGAAUGAAGUUGAAAAACAGUAAAAAUUCAGUUUUAAUAAGGUGUGUGUGUGUGUGUGUGUGUGUGUGUGUGUGUGUGUGUGUGUGUGUGUGUGUGUGUGUGUGUGUG